CCUAACACAGACACACUCUCACUGUAUGAUUGCAUUGCAUAGACAUUACCACAACAACAGACAGACAGUUAUAACUAGUUUAGUCUUUAAGUUAAAACUUUUCAUUUGAAUACUAUUUAUUGGCGAAGAAGAAGAAGACAUCGACAGUCACUCUUCAAGACAUACAUAACACACUUGUCGUUAGUCGUCGGCAGCGAUUGUCUGACAAAAAUAUUUGAUGUCUUCAACUCAUCCAAUACAGUGGUCGUCAUCGUCGCCAACAUUUCGUUAGCAAUCAGUUAGAGCCGUCUUCUUAUAGCUGAUCCCGUCUUAUAUUCAGUGGUGAUAUCAUGGCCUUUAUAUUGUCAUACAUUGUCUACUCGUUUCGAUCGUUGUCCUCGAUAUUUAUGUCGGCGGCGGCGACGACUAAUACAAUGGCCACCAAUUGUACGGCUAUUCGACAUUUGGACGUACCGUUGCCGCCGGUCAUACACAAGACACUAAGCAAAGAAUUUAUGGACACAUUUGCCGAAGUGGUAGUCAUUGGCGAUGUUCACGGAUGUUAUGACGAAUUGCUGGAACUGUUAGACAAGAUUAAGGACGACAAGAAAGACGGGAACAAUUCAUCCGAAGAGUAUAAUAAUAAUAAACGAAUUCUGAAGCUAUUUGUCGGCGAUUUGGUGAACAAAGGACCGAAAAGUGCUGAAGUAUUGACAUAUUUGAUGUCCAAUCCAUUGGAUUGUCAAUCGGUUCGCGGAAAUCACGACGAAGUAGUUAUCAAUGAGUUCUUGAGGUAUGAAACGGAUGGCGAACAGGCAUUGAAACCUAAGAACAAAUGGAUUAGUCAACUAAGUCGACCACAAGUUGAUUAUCUACUUGAGAUGCCGUACACUAUAAGCAUUCCUUCAUUGAACGCACUGGUAGUUCACGCCGGUAUUGUUCCCGGUCUGGAUCUUCAUCGGCAAACACUCAAAGAUAUGGUUGUUAUGCGUAAUCUAUAUCUGGACAAUGAAGAAAACCAACAACAACUGGUGGCUACCAAUAGCGACAAAACUGGCGACAAAUGGAUUAGCCGCUGGUCAGGACCCGAACAUAUCUAUUUCGGACACGACGCCAAACGAGGGCUACAACGGGCCCAAUUGGCUACCGGUUUGGACACCGGUUGCGUGUAUGGCAAUUCGUUGACCGCAUUGUUUAUUGCCGGCCACCGCACCGGUACGUUUGUGUCGGUCAAAGCCCGUGCAGUACACGUGCAGCCGAAAAUCAAAUCUGACCUCUAAUAACAAUAACCCGAUAAUUAUCGGUAAUUAUAUCAUAUA